UGGCGGAUGACAAGGAAAAUUAGCGGUGAACAAGCAAGUAACUGAAGCAAGCUGAUCCAGCCGCAAAAUACCGAAAUAAACAUGGAUCUCAGAGCAAGAGUGCAAAGUGAACUUUCCAGCGAUGAGCGGUGUAUACAAUGCACCACUGGAGUGCUACUGAAGGACAACAAUAAAGUUGGCUGCCUUAUAGCUCUUAUUGCAAGAAAUAUGGACACUGGAUUAAUCAUCUUCCAGUGGAAGGAUGAAUCAUCUUAUAAAGAACCUUUCCUUGUUGUCCUGUACAUUUUUGCUAUCUGUGGACCUUUUUCGUGUACAUCUGUUGCUGAUCAACCAGAUAGCAAUGGCAGCAGUAAAGAGGGUAUGGUCAGGUUUCAGAUCUUGACUGAUGACCAGACAAAGCUUUUUUUCGAAGUGAACAAAGAUGCUCGGGGAAAUAAUUUCUUAUAUGAAUUGAACAAAGCCAUUGGAGCAUAUAGACAGAGGGCUCAUCUGGUUGGUAUGCCUGAAUUUGAUUGGCUGAAGAGAUAUCAGGAGCUGAUUGGAAGGAAAAGUUUUUCAAACACAGAUGGUUGGCCUUGGAGUCAUAUUGAAGAAGCAAGUUCUAAUGGACUAGAAGUUGUUACAGCCACUGAAUCCAAAGUUGAUGAAGAGUCACUGGAUGACUUUGGAAUGCCAGGUUUUUCAUUGUCCCCAACCAUUCACCCAUCGUUUUCAUCAGCAAGUUUAACUGCAUCAGAGGAAGUGGACAAAGUCGUCGUUGACUCACCAGCUUUAACCAGGAGAUCCAUACUUCCAACUAGUUUUGGUACCAGGGAUGGGUUUAUUAAACUCCACAUGGCUGCCAGGGAGGCUGAGUACACUAGUGAAAAAACACUAAAAAUCUUUGUUGGGUCAUGGAAUGUUAAUGGUCAGUAUCCUGCAGAGAAUGUUACACCAUGGCUAGCAGUUGAUAAAGAUCCACCAGAUGUUUUCUGCCUGGGUUUUCAGGAACUUGAUCUAAGUGCUGAGACACUGUUAAAGAAUGUGACUCCUAGACAGGAUGAAUGGUUGAAAAUUUCAGAGCAAGGACUUCCUUUAAAAGCCAAGUACUCCAAGGUGAAGACCAUCCGUCUGGUUGGCAUUUUACUGAUAGUGUUUGUGAAAAAUGAAUAUCUACCUUAUGUCAGUAAAGUUAAUGCUGAAACUGUGGCCACUGGUAUCAUGGGUCUAAUGGGCAACAAAGGAGGGGUGGCCAUAAGGUUGCAGAUACACAACACCAGUAUUUGUUUUGUGAAUUCACAUCUAGCAGCUCACACAGAAGAAUUUGAAAGAAGGAACCAGGACUAUCGAGAUAUUCUAUCCAAGCUGGAGUUUAACGGAGCCGAUGGGUCAUUUGGUAUCACUGAACAUGAUGCAGUGUUCUGGUUAGGAGAUCUAAAUUAUAGAGUUAGUGACAUGGAAUCUGAUGUGGUAAGAAAACUAGCAGAUGCAGAGAAGUACAAGGAACUAUUAGCCAAAGACCAACUGAACAAGCAAAGGUCUGAGAAGAAAUGCUUUCGUGGUUUCAUGGAGGGGGACAUCAAGUUCAAGCCAACGUACAAAUAUGAUCCCGGGACAGACAACUGGGACACAAGUGAGAAAGGCCGCGCACCUGCUUGGUGUGAUCGUAUUUUAUGGAGAGGAAAAAACGUUAAACAGCUGGAAUAUCGUAGUCAUAAUAAACUGAAAAUAAGUGACCAUAAGCCUGUCAGCUCUUUGUUUGAAGUCGGGGUGAAAGUUGUUAACGUAGAGCAAGAAAGACAAGUGAUGGAGGAUGUCAUUCGAACGCUUGACAGACAUGAAAACGACAACCUUCCCCAAGUCAAAUUAAGCGCCACAGAGAUUAUUUUCAAAGAUGUCCAGUUUCUUGAGAAACAGACGGCUACCUUGGAAGUUGAAAAUACUGGAUCCACAAAACAGGUGCGCUUGACUGUUUAUGUUGAUAAAGAAUCCGCCGGAGCCAUGAAUUCUGGAGACGAGAAACUUGAAGAUAUUCUCGUCCUACACUUGGAAGGAGGAAAAGACUUUUUUGUGUCAGUCAGUGGUAACUAUCUUCCUAGCGUGUUUGGUUCUUCUAUUGAGGCAUUAGUACGCAUGUACGGACCUAUCAGGGAGGUUCCUGUUGCAACACUUGUAGAUUUGGAACACAUCAAUGCGUCAAAUCCUUCGACGCUCUCGGAUAACCAUCCCCUUGAAAUUCCAAAAGAGCUAUGGCUCCUAACAGAUCACUUGUAUAAAUAUGGCAUGCGCCAGGAGAAUUUGUUGAAGCAGUCUGGCUUUGAGAAAGAUCUGGAGGAAAUCAGGGGACAUUUAGAUUGUUGCCGAGGCGGCAAACUGCCUGGUAGUGUUUACUCUAUAGCAGAGGCUUUACUUAUUUUUCUGGAAGCCUUACCGGAACCUGUUAUUCCGUAUACAUUUUAUCAGAAAGCACUGGAAUGUUGUAACAACUACAUGCUUUGUAAACAGCUGAUACGUCAAAUCCCUCAAAGCCAUCGGAAUGUGUUCACAUACAUCAGUGCCUUCCUGAGAGAGCUGCUACAACAUUCCAAUGAGAAUAAACUGGACGCCAAAACUCUGGCUACUUUGUUCGGUACCUUGUUCCUAAGAGCCCCCAAAAAUCAAGAGGCAGGGAUCAGCAAGAGAACUGUCAAUCAAUUGGCGCAGAAGAAAGCGCGUUUUGUGUACAACUUCCUGAUCAACGAAUUUGGACCUUACUGAGCUUGCGGUGGAUGCAAUCAGCCGCUGUCAUCCCCAGUCGUCAAGUUGUUAUUUCCUUGUACUCUUAUGUAAAGUUGUUGGUAUAUGUUCUAUAAUAGCUAUAUUUUAUCAUAGUUUAUUUUGGGGGGGUUUGCUGUCCUUUAAAAGACAUUUUAUUAAAUAACAGCUUUAUUUUUAAUUAUAUGAUAUGUAAGUAGUUAUGUCCAUGCAAUGUUUGAUAUACACUUCAACACAGUUGUGGAGUAAUGUCUGAAAAAUCCACAAUUAAGCUAAAGCAGAGAUUAUACUAUGAAAUUUUAAGUUCUCCGGUAGAUAGAUGAGAGCAUCCUUUUUAUUAGUAUUUGUAUCCACUGUUGUCGGGAGUGUUCUUCUCUAGUAAUGUGUUAUUUUUCCUCGAUAAUCGAAAAACGGCCUCCAUGCCCCUUCUUACUUUUCGUUUCAUCCGCAGUGGUGAACGUUGUCGUCUUGGUUUGGUAGUAAAUAGAUCAGGGUAUCUCUCAGCCAAAUAUCCUCUGUGUUCUCAUAACUGUAAUCAUGAUCUCACUUGUAACUAUGACAUCCAACGUCAACUGGCACUCUCAUUAACAAGCUUCUCUCGCUCCCUACUCCUCGUUUUUUCUUUCUGUGCUUGAGACAUUUUUAAGGAUAGAACCACAGUUUUUCUCGUUUUUUCUUUUUGGUUUCUUUUUAUUAGCUAAGCGACAAAGAAAUGCCGUGAGACUAAAAUAUACCCUCGCGCUUUACAAGACGAGCCAACACAUUGACACAUGGAAGUUAUUUUUGUUCAACAUUCUAGGAUUCUGGCUCUUCACACGAGACAUGGUAAUGUCCUUCACUUCCUUCGGUGUUUUUUGAGACUGAAGUCAGCUGGGAAAGCUAGAGAUUGUAAGACGGCUUAGACUUCUACGUUACUUACGAAAAUCUGUUCAAGCGAUCGUUUAAAUGAUUGCGUUUGUAGGAAAUUCAUGUUUACUGGAUUUUGCGGCCAUCGAUGCAAAGAAAGACCUGAGUAUUUUUCACACUGUAUACAUACAUACAUACAUAAGCUUUAUUUAUCCUCGGAUUUCAGUGUAGCUUACAAGCUAGUAUCUCCGAUUCU